UUUCGGUAUUUGGGUUUUGAUUUUUAUUUAUACCAAAAACGUAGGUAAUUAUGAAUGUGAAAUGUUUUUUUAUGGAUAUCGUUAUGGCAAUACAAAAUAAACAUAAAGUGGCAUUAGUCAAAUCCGAAUGACUUAAUUAUUCACUACCUACAAUUAAGAUUUGUUGACUGAAAAGCGAAGACAUUAGACAGGAGAAAUAUUGGAAUAGUUCCUUGUGAAAGAAGUUAAUUUCCUACCUUUACUGGACGAGAAAUCAAAACGGGUGCAAAAUAAUCACAAAUGUAGCACGUUGUUUUGACACUUCAGUGAUUGUCAAAAGUUUUUAUCCAAAAUAGUCCAAAAGAUGAAUAAAAAGGAAAAGGCCGAAAAGCAACGGCUUUUGAAGCGAAUAGCGGAUAAGAGAGCUCGAUUGGAUAAGUUAAUAGCCGAAGGUGCCGUUAAGAUGUCACGUCUUGAGGUACCAUCGGAAUGCUGCACCUUACAAUGUCAGCCCUUGUUUUCGUUACCCCCCCAUCUAAUGCGACCAGUAGCGUCCUACUAUACUAAGAAAAAAGUUACUGAAGCACCCAAGAAGAAAGUUGCCGAAAGCGGUAAUGCACUGCAAGCUUAUAGUGAAUUACGUAAACAAAAGGAGAGCUUUCGGAAACGCUUGGUCGAUUUAAUUACAGGCGAAGAUAAGGAAAUGGAAAUGGAAUUGGAAGAUCUGUUUUCUGCACAAGAAAAGGAUACCUUGAGAUAUUAUUCCUACAUAAGGCAUGGAGUUGAUACAGUUCAUGUCUCACCCCUAGAUCAGAAGCUUUUAGAUAGAGCUUUGGCUUUAGUUCCAGCAAAACUGAAAAAAUGGAAGGAAAUAUUGGCGAUUGCAGUUGAUGACAUGAAAGGAGAUUACACGCUUGCGAUUAAAACGUCAAUUGUCGAUUUUGUUUUACGUGACCCCAGCACAACUAAGCACCCAACCGUUGAGAAGGUAUCAACUCAACAAGAGGCGAGUAAAAUUAAAUUGGCGAAAAUUAAAUUGGAACGAAAGUUAUACGUCAUAAAUCCUUGUAUAGCCCAACUAAUAGAUUUAUGGUAUUCGCAAUUUGCCUCAUUGCGAAUAGUCGAUAUUAAUUAUUUAAUGAAACGGCCGAGAGCAUAUCGACUGCAAGAUUUUCAGCUCACAAUUAAUAAGCAAAUUGAAAAGACGAAAAGUAUUCUGAUGGAUUCCUACUUUGGUAAAGUUAUUGAUAUUUUUUUAACGGGUAGUAGAUCAAAAAAUUUACCUAAUCCCGUACAUCAAAAGCAGUUUAAAAAGUUUUAUGAUUGCUGCUCUACACUUAUGUCCUACCACUUGCAGUGCUUGUGCUUAGAGUCUCUGUACGAUUUUAUGGAUUAUAUCACUGAUGUUAAGUAUAAGAAUAAGGGUUUCCAAAUUAAUGUAAUAAUCAGCGACUGUCGUUUGAUAUUCGAGCCAUCGUUUGCCGAUGUGAAAGAAACUCUGUUGAAUACCAUACAUUUGAUUAUUUCAGCAGUUAUGAAUGUACCCCGUUUGGAAACUAUUUUAUAUUUGGACUAUCAAGGAGAACCCCAAUACCUUAAACCAAUUAUUCCUAAUUUGUUGGUCUACGAAUAUAUCACAAUAUUGGAAAAGUUAUUGGAGGAUCAAUGUAAUGCGCCACAAUUACGACUACAAGAUUUUGAUGAAUAUCUGCCAAUAAUUAGUGGAGAGAUGGACGAAAAAAUCAAAACGUUUUUAAUAGAAAAGCACACCUUUGAGGAAUAUAUUGCCGAAAUUCUACCACUUAAGGCAACUGCUGAGAGUUUACCGAUUGUUAAAGAGCAUGUCAUUACCUUGGGCAUUUAUGAUAUGCAUCGAACUGACUUAAUUCAGACUUUGGUGUCUCUUGCUCUAGCAAUGAAAGAUGCUUUGAUAGAUCAAAUGACUUCAGAUUAUCAAGCAAUUUGCAAGGGGCUGAGUGAUCAAUUUCAAAGCAUUUCCGAUAGAAUACUAACCGUUCCCGCUAACACCGCCGAACUGAUGAAUCUUUUGAACUUUGUUAAAGAAGUUGAACAGAAAACCUUGCAAAUAAUGGAGGAGAAGCUUGCAGUAGUUAUGAAGUAUAUUCUUUUUCUGUCUGAUCAUACACUAUUCACAAUGGCCGAGAUGAAACAGAAUACACUUUCGUUUUUGUGGAACGCGCGAUUUCCGAAAGUCCUCGAAAGCCAUCGGCAAAUGGCCGAUAAGAAAAUUGUGGAAUUUCAAGAGUUGCUCAAUUUCAGAAUCAAGAAGUUUAAGGAUGACUUGGAUUUGUAUGCAACAAUGGUCGACGAAUUUGAAAAUUACGGUAAUAUCGACGAAUUGCCAAUGUAUCACCAAAAAGCCCAAUAUUUGGACGCAAAGUUGGUGCAAGGUUUGCAGAGAAUUGAUGCUUUUAACGAAGAGGAAGCCGCCUACGGUUUUGAACUGUCUCAAUACCCUCUUAGAAAGGCUACCUACGAGAAACUGUCACCUUACAAGAAGUUGUUUGAUUGCGCAAUGGAUUUCAUAAAUCAGCACCACGCGUGGACAACCUCCAAGAUUGGUUCUUUUGAUCCGGAAAUGGUGGAGACGGAAGUAGGAACAGCAUUCAGAAAUAUCUACAAGUUGGAGAAGAUGUUUAGCGACCGACCUGUAACCCAAGAUUUGGCUAUGAAAGUGCGUUUCCAAAUAGAGGACUUUAAGAUGAAUCUUCCGAUAGUCCAAACGCUAGGAAACCCAGGAAUGAAACCGCGACACUGGGAGAUAGUCUCUGAUAUUAUCGGUUUUCCGCUCGUCGUCGAUGCUGAGCUAACUUUAGGAAAAAUACUCAGUUAUGGUUUAAAUCAGUUUGUUCCACAAUUUGAGGCGAUCUCCGAGGCCGCAACCAAAGAAAACAAUUUAGAAAAGAAUCUCAAUAAAAUGGUCGCGGAAUGGGCGGACAUUGAGUUUACUAUUGCACCAUAUCGCGAUACCGGAACGUAUAUAUUGUCCGCAAUUGAUGACAUUCAGGUACUUUUGGAUGACCACCUGGUAAAGACACAAACUAUGAAGAACUCUCCAUACAUUAAACCAUUUGAAAAGCAAAUGAUUGCCUGGGAGGCAAAAUUGGUGCUUCUGCAGGAAAUCUUGGAUGAUUGGUUGAAGGUUCAGGCUACGUGGAUGUAUUUGGAACCAAUAUUCUCCUCUCCGGAUAUCCAACAGCAAAUGCCUGAGGAGGGGAGGAAGUUCACUACGGUUGACAAGAUGUGGCGCGAUAUAAUGAAAACGUGCUACGCCGAGCCGAAAGUAAUGGCUGUUGUGCAAGUGGAAAAAAUGUUAGAGCGGCUGAAAAAAUCAAACAUAUUACUUGAGCUCAUUCAACGUGGACUUAACGAAUAUUUGGAGAAGAAGAGAUUGUAUUUUCCCAGAUUUUUCUUUUUAUCUAAUGACGAAUUGUUGGAAAUACUGUCAGAAACAAAAGAUCCCACAAGGGUUCAACCUCAUCUCAAAAAGUGUUUUGAAGGGAUAGCAUCAUUGGAAUUUACCGAAGAUUUAGACGUUACUAAGAUGAAGUCAAGCGAAGGCGAAGAGGUACCCUUAGUCGACGUCAUACAAACGUCACAAGCUCGCGGACAAGUUGAGAAGUGGCUUUUGGAAUUGGAAACGGACAUGAAAAAAUCAGUUCAUAAAAUGGUAGCGGGCGCGAUAAAGGAUUACACUGCGCGACCGCGCGACGAAUGGGUUUUAAUUUGGCCGGGCCAAACUGUACAAAGCGUAGCUAUGACUUAUUGGACUUCGGAGGUUCAUGAGGCCAUUAUUAUAAGCCACGAUGAGAUGAGAAGGUGCCUUGAAAGGUGUAAUGUACAAAUCUCAAAGGUGGUGAAUUUGGUUCGGGGAAAGCUUAGCGCGCAGAAUAGGAUUACCUUAGGAGCUUUGGUGGUUUUAGAUGUACACGCAAGGGAUGUGUUAUCAGAAUUAAUAGACUUGAAAGUGAAAGGAAUUACAGAUUUUCAAUGGUUGUCUCAAAUUCGCUAUUACUGGGAGGACAAUCAAAUGGCAACCCGCAUGAUAAAUUCAACUCUAAUGUAUGGUUACGAAUAUUUGGGAAACGUGUCCAGACUUGUUGUUACACCUUUAACAGAUCGUUGCUUCAGAACCCUAUUUGGUGCAUUACAUCUUCAUUUAGGUGGCGCGCCUGAAGGUCCUGCUGGUACCGGAAAGACAGAAACAACAAAAGAUCUGGCAAAGUCCGUCGCGAAACAAUGCGUUGUAUUUAACUGUUCGGAUGGGCUCGAUUAUCUCGCCCUUGGCAAAUUCUUUAAGGGAUUGGCGUCGUGCGGCGCUUGGUCCUGUUUUGACGAAUUUAAUAGAAUCGACCUCGAAGUACUUUCAGUGGUCGCCCAGCAGAUAUUAACCAUACAACGAGGAAUAAAUUCCGGAGCAGAAAAGAUGGUAUUUGAGGGCACCGAACUGAAACUUGAUCCCACUUGUGCCGUCUUUAUUACGAUGAAUCCCGGAUAUGCGGGGCGAUCCGAAUUGCCUGACAAUUUAAAAGCCUUGUUCAGAUCAGUCGCUAUGAUGGUGCCCGAUUAUGCUUUAAUAUCAGAAAUAGAACUUUACUCGUACGGGUUUCUUAGUGCAAAACCGCUUGCUGUGAAAAUUGUGGCCACAUAUCGUUUGUGUUCCGAGCAGCUGUCAUCACAGUGUCAUUAUGACUAUGAGUAG